GAAAAUAUUUUUAAAUAAAAAUUCUAUUGUGAGGGAACGCGUUUUCAAAUAUUUUUGUAUUGUAGUAAUUUGUAUGGGUCCAAACUGGUUUUCUUGGUCUAAGAACAUGGUUUGGAGAUUCAUCCCUUUGGCCUAUUUGACAAUGUUUUAGCAAUUUCCCAUCUUUCGAUACUUUCGAAGGCUGAUUCUUUUGGAUUCAAAUCCUUUCAAAUUCGUUUCUUUGAAGAAAAACUCAAUCUGGGUCGUGCUUUUUUGCCCGAGUUGACGUUUUCAGGCAACAAGAAUGAGCAAAAACUGGAAAUCUAGCUGCUUCAGGGAUCCUGGGGGAGUUCUCUUCCUUCUGGCGUUGUGUUUAUUGUUUCAGAACUUUAGUUUGUGCUGCUCUUUGAAUGAAGAAGGUAAAGCUCUUUUGAAGUUCAAGCAUGGAAUAGUAAACGACCCUUUUGAUGCUUUGUCCAAUUGGGUUAAUGAUGAAGUAGCAGUUAACCCCUGUAAUUGGUUUGGAGUUGAGUGUUCUGAUGGAAGAGUAGUGGUCUUGAAUUUGAAAGACCUUUGUCUUGAAGGAAAUCUGGUACCUGAGCUUGCAAACCUUGUUCACAUAAAAUCCAUAAUUUUGCGAAACAAUUCUUUUUAUGGAAUCAUCCCUGAAGGAAUUGCACACUUGAAUGAAUUGGAGGUUUUGGAUUUGGGCUACAACAACUUCAGUGGACCGCUACCUAGAGAUCUUGGGAAUAAUAUUUCGUUAACAAUCCUUUUGCUGGACAACAAUGAUCAUCUUUGUGGUUUCUCUCCUGAAAUUAAUGAAUUGAAGAAGCUUUCUGAAUAUCAAGUAGAUGAAAACCAACUAAUCCGUGCAGAAAAAGUGCCAGCUUGUAGAAGAUCCAUCAAACAGCAAUCAAGGCAUGUUGGCCAAAAUAAAAAUGGUGUUCAGAGGCUACUGCAAACUCGUACUCACGAAGGUGGAAGUCCUUUUAAUCGUGUUUUUCCUGUUAGUCCUGCUCCAUUUCCUUCAGCUCCCCCACCUGCCCCAGCAACGCCACCAGUGGUUCAGAAGCCUGCUCCUGUUGACCGAAAUAAUUCUGCUUCUCCUUCUCCCCUGCCUGGACCACGAUCUGCACCGCUAUAUAAAAGUAGCUCAUCAAAGAACCAUGUAGUUGUUAUUUUGGCUGGAGCUAUGGGUGGUGCUGUAUUUCUUCUCAUUUCAAUCAUUGGCCUAUAUCUCUGUAAAACAAACAAGGUAGCUACUGUAAAACCUUGGGCCACAGGAUUAAGCGGACAGCUUCAGAACGCAUUUGUAACAGGUGUGCCAAAGCUAAAGAGAUCAGAGCUUGAAGCAGCAUGUGAAGAUUUUAGUAAUGUAAUUGGUACUUCAUCCAUUGGUACAGUGUACAAAGGGACUUUAUCUAGUGGUGUUGAAAUAGCUGUGGCAUCUGUUGCAGCGACAUCAUCCAAAGAUUGGUCAAAGACUUUAGAAGCCCAAUUUAGGAACAAGAUAGAUACAUUAUCAAAAGUGAACCACAAGAAUUUUGUAAAUCUUCUUGGACAUUGUGAAGAAGAUGAGCCUUUCACCAGAAUGGUGGUUUUUGAGUAUGCCCCGAAUGGAACACUCUUUGAGCAUUUACACAUAAAAGAAUCUGAGCACUUGGAUUGGGGAACAAGACUUAGAAUUGCCAUGGGCAUGGCUUACUGCCUACAACAUAUGCACCAGUUGGAGCCUCCUUUGGUCCUUAGCAACCUGAAUUCUUCAGCUGUCCAACUCACUGAUGAUUAUGCUGCCAAAAUCUCUGAUUUGAGUUUCUUAAAUGAAAUAGCUUCAGCUGUGAUAAAAUCUCCUGCUAGAAAAAACACUGACAUGACACCAGCAAGUAACAUUUACAGCUUUGGUGUUAUAUUAUUUGAAAUGGUAACUGGCAGACUCCCUUAUUCAGUGGACAAUGAUGGCUCACUUGAUGACUGGGCUUCACACUAUUUACAAGGGGAUCAGCCCCUCAAAGAAAUGGUGGAUCCGACUCUAGCAUCCUUCCAAGAAGAACAACUAGAACAAGUCGAUGCUUUGAUUAAAUCUUGUGUCCAUCCUGAUCAAAAGCAAAGACCAACAAUGAAAGAAGUUUGUGUGAGAUUAAGAGAGAUAACAAAAAUAACACCUGAUGCAGCUGUUCCAAAGCUUUCUCCACUUUGGUGGGCAGAGCUUGAGAUUGCUUCUGUAAAUGCAAGCUGAAAUCGGUAAAUCAGGUUGUAAGUAUGGAGUUCUUACCUUCCUCAUCCUUUUUCCAUCGGUGAAGGCACAAAAAUGUAUUCACCUGUAGAUUAAUACAUCUUGUGUUAAUUAUGGAAGAGAGGCAAAUCACAUGUACAUAAGGGAGAUAAAAGAAUGCGAUUUUUUCUUUUCUUUUCCUGCGGUGCUUCGUUUGGUUAUGGUUUAUGAAAUUAUACUAACAAAAAAAAGUUUCACAUCAGUUAAUUUCAUUUGCUCAGUGAGUUUAUUUGGUGAAUUAAAAAUAUUUUUAAUUAUGUUU